UACUUCACAAAAGCAAAAGCACCUCUCCUUAUCAAUGCAUGCGAGAACGAUAGGUUGUUCCCUGUGGAAUCCCAAGUGAAGGCCGGUGAGAUUUUUGGCGAUGGGAAGUUUGCUCCAGGGUACAGGCUCGAGUAUUUCCCUGAUUGCACACAUGGGUUUGCUGUGAGUGGGGAUAUGACUGACCCACUUUUCAAGGCUGGGAAGGAGGGAUCGUGCAGGGCUAGCAUGGGGUUCUUCCUGAUGUACCUGUGA